AUUAACUAAUUUUAUAUAUAUGAUAAAGGACAUGUUAAUUGUACACCAGAAGUAUAUCAUCCUGUAAAUAUUGUAAUAUCAACUGAUAUGGACACAGAGGCUUACAGCCUGCGUCCAUUAUUUAUCGUAUUAAAUCGUAUUAAAGUACAUGUACAAUAGUACUGUAAAAGGCUAAAACGUUAGUCCAAGUGCCUAAUAUCUUAUCGAAGCCAUUUUUAUAAGUACCAUGACAAACGCACAUUCAAGACGUUUCGGGACUUUCACUUCGUCGUUCUGUUGAAUUGAAAUCAAUAUUCAUGCAACUUAUAUAAAAUAAGUAAAGAGCAGAUAAUUCAGUAAACUAACAAAACAAGAAUGGAUCACGAUUUGAAGGACUACCUGAAGACAGCUGUAGAGGUAGCAAGGAACGCUGGUGAUAUGGUAAAGAAGGCCUACGAUGUAGAUAAGUCAGUAGUCACAAAAGAAUGUUAUGCUGAUUUAGUGACAGAGACUGACCAAGCUGUCGAGAGGAUGAUAAUAAAGUCACUGGCUGAGAAGUACCCCACACACAAGUUUAUUGGAGAAGAAUCAGUGGCAGAAGGCAAGAAGUGUGACUGGACUGAUGCUCCUACCUGGAUCAUUGACCCCAUUGAUGGAACAUCUAACUUUGUCCAUAGUAUUGCUCACAACUGUGUAUGUAUUGGCCUGGGAAUUAACAGAAAGAUAGUGGUCGGUGUGGUUUACCUCCCUAUAACCAAUCACAUGUACACUGCUGUGAAAGGUCAAGGGGCAUUUUGUAACGAUCAGAAAAUAUCAGUGUCAAAAACAUCAGAUCUGAAGAAUGCAGUGGUGUACACUGAGGCAGGUAACAGCAGACAGCCCGACUCCGUCCUCACCAAGAUUGAUAAUAUGAAAAACAUAGUCUUUGCUUCACAUGGAAUCCGCUGUUUGGGUUCCGCGGCUAUCAACAUGUGUAUGGUGGCUCAGGGCAGUGGAGAUGCAUACAUUGAGUAUGGAAUCCAUAUCUGGGAUAUUGCAGCCUCUGGUAUCAUUGUAGAAGAGGCAGGCGGGGUUCUCAUGGACCCAUCAGGGUCUGAAGUGGACUUUCUUAGCCGUGGGGUCCUAUGUGCCUGUUCCCGCAGCAUUGCUAUUGAAAUCAGCAAAAUCAUUAAACCAGUGGAAUUUGAACGAGACUAAAGAUUUAAUUUUAAAGGAACAUUUUGUCCAAGAUAUGUAUGUUUCUUUACAAAAAUUGUAUGGUACUGCUAUACAAUUUAUAAAUAUAAAUUCGAUAAUAUUUUUAUGCAAAUAUAACAGAUUUUUGCCUUGUUAUCAGAUGGUUGAAUAUUUGAUACUAUUCCUACAUACAUUUUAUAUCCAAUUGUAUUUAAAUAUGAAGAUUCAAGCCUAUCUGAUAGGCCCCUAAAAAUGCAUGCCAUAUCCAACAAUUUGAUCAUGAGACUAACGAAAAUUGCUUCAGAAAAAUUCCUCAUAGCGUGAGACACAUUUCAAUCGGUCUCACGAAAAGAAACAAAGUUUGGUCAAUCUUAGUGAAUAAAUAAUGGCUACAUGGAUUCACACUGACCUUGCUCACAGAGAGGUCUAAAGUCAUAGGCCAGCCACUUAAAUUACGGGCCAGGCCGAUUAGUAAAAAUGACAUGGCACAUUUUUUUGUUUGAAAGAUAAUUUCAAUGGUCAAAAAUGUUUGUGUACUGACUAGUGCAUGUUUGAAGCACUGUACACACCAAAGUGGGCUGGGCAACUCAUCUGUUGUACGCAUAUCUUGAUGUGGGAAACAAAUUUUAGGAAAGUUCAUCAUUCUUAACUUGCAGUUUCAGUUUGUAAUGGCCUUAUUGAGUAAAUUUAUAGUUCUUGAUAGGAAGAUUGAGCUUGGUUUUAUCGAGUUAACAGAGCUUUUCAGUAAUCAUCAAAGAAACAUUCCCAGUUGUUAUAUAUCAGGUAUUGUAUUCAGUAGUCUGGUUUACUACUGAAUCAAUUAAAACUAUAAUAAAUGCAAUAGCAUGAUAUCGUCAAAUUCUGAAAGUUCUAUAAUGUCUACUUAUUUAGCUCACCUAGACCGAAGGACCAAGGUGAGCUUAUGCCACACCGUGGCGUUCGUCGUCCGUACGUCAACAAUUUCUUUAAACGACUUA